AGGUUUUUCGUAAAAGAAGAUGCGUAGAACGUCAUUCUUCGUACUUAGUUUGUUCUUCGUCUUUCUUCGUCUUCUGAUAAUAUACGCCCAAAACCCGGUUGAUGGAGGAUGGACAGAAUGGAGUGUUGUGUCCAGUGUCCCUUGUUCUAAACACUGCGGUGGAGGAAAAGAAGAACGGGUACGCACGUGCACUAAUCCUGUUCCUCAGUAUGGAGGAGCCAAUUGUACAGGUCCGGAAACCAAGACAACUGACUGUAACACGCACACUUGUGAUGAGGAGAUCUUAUCUUGGAAUUGGUUGGAGUGGAGUGAGUGUUCAGAACCGUGUACUGUCGGCUUGAGAACCAGAGUGCGAGAGUGCUACAACGAAACAUCAAAUGAUGACUUCAGCUGUGUUAAUCGUCCCGACUUGGCUAAGGAGACGCAAAACUGCACCGCUUGGAGUUUAAAGAAAUCCUUCAACCACACUGGAUGUCCAAGUCCUUGCGAUCAAAAUUAUGAUGUCUACACUUCACCACCACUAAAUAUUAAACACUGUCCAAACAGAGCCAAAUGUGAUGAUAAGAGUGAUGCAACAGGUCCAAGACGAAUCUGUACCUGCGUGAUGGGCUAUCUGUUAGAUGAAGAUGACUGGGCAUGUUACCCUCGACCUCCACCUUCAUCCACACCAAGACCAAUCCCAACAAUGACUCCUGUAGAAAAAACAGUGGCCAUAGUCUUGACUCGAACAGCUAGUACAAUCUUACUCGUCAUGACAGGUUUAACCAUGGUCUUGUUCCUGUUAUUAAGGAUUUUCACUGUUGAUCGAGUCAUACAAAUGAAUAUGGAGUUGGCAAUAUUUCUUGCCCAUAUCAUGCUCAUAUUCCCAGCUGAUACAUGCACAACAAACAAGGACCUUUGUCGAGUACUAUCCAUCUGUCUUCACUUCUUCUUCACAGCCUGUUUCAUGUUUCUUCUUCUGGAAGCUCUUCACAUGUACAGCAUGGUUGCUUACGUGGUACCAAAAAACGGCAUGCUAAGUAGAGCUCAGAAUAUGAUUAUUGGAUGGGGUGUCCCUGCCUUGGUUACUGUGGGUUCCAUCAGUUUUUUCUUGGAAGACUAUGGUAGUGAAUAUCAUUGCUGGCUACAGAUGGACAAGCCUCUGGUUUACCUCCAAUACGGUCCCGUGUGCUGCAUCUGUCUUUUGAACCUCAUCCUGUUAGAAGCUGCGGGUGCUUCUGACUACAAACCAUUAAAGGCGUAUGAUGGCAGACAACUUUUCAGUGCUCGGAUCCAUCAGAGAUCUAAUUUGAUCUUGAUGCCAUUAAUACUCUCCUCUUGGAUUUUGGGAAUGCUGUCAGACUAUGAGCAGAAUAUUGGUCUUUACAGCACUUUUGCUAUCAUUAAUGCUGUAAUUGGUUUUGCUAUUUUCAUUCUUCAUUCGCUUGGAAACCAAGAGGUUAGGGAAAAGGUGAAGCAGUUAUUUCAUUGUUGCUUUUCUAAAAACAAAUAAUGUUAACCUUCGAGACUUUCUCUGCGAUGAUAUCCUCAAAUAUACCCAGUUUCUUUGUGGCGACAUCCUGUAAUCCUGUGUGGCGAUAUCCUGUUUCUGUUUGAUGAUAUUCUAUAAACCAGACUGUUUCUUUGUGGCUAAGUCCUGUAACUCAGCCUAUUCUUGAAUGAUGAUAUCAUGUUCCUGUUUGGUGAUAUUAUAUUAAGCAUUUUGUUUUGGUGAUUAGCUUGGAACUCCAGACAUUAUCAGAUAUUUUAUUUAAUAAUUACGAAAGCUGUGAACAAAACAACUGAGAGUUUUGGCAACUCUAUUGAAAAGUACAAGAACACCUUUAUGUAGCUGUUGUAAAUUACUGACAAGCCUAAUACGUCUACCAAACAAUACCAUCAUUUUAAGUUAAGAGUAAGUGUUUCUCAAAUCUCAAACACAAAUUAUUUAUCUGUAAGGAUAGCUCCGUGAUUUUACGUCAGUUUAAUUUAAAAAUUUCAGUUGAUUUAAAUUAAAAUAUUAUAUAUAUAUAUACGAGUUUUCGAAACUAAUGACUGGAAACAUUUUGUGUGUGUGUGUGUACAUAAUCUCACAGCUCUAUAUGUUGCACCAUACGCACGUGGUCAGGAAAGUGCCUUACAGGGAGUACAUUGCUACAUCCUGAUUGUUUUUUAAUACUGAAAUAAUUUUGUUUUGAAGACACACAAAUUGUAAACUUUCAGAGUAAGAGACAAAUUUGACCUCAACAUAACUGUUAUAAUCUCCUGGCUGAGAUUUGGGUCAAAUCACUGUAACUUAACAACUCUCUCCAAAGUAAAGUACCAUAAGACGUAGUGGACGUAGCUUAGGGUAUAUUCUAUUCUUGAUCCUAGUUAAAUCACUUUUUAAACAUUUAUUAUGAUGCAAAAUGACUACACGUAUUUCACGCUAGAAAGGAAGUAACUCUAUAAACAUUUAGACUGUGUUUCUUUACUUUUAGCUUAACCUCCACAGAUAGCCACCUUAAUCUUUUUAUCGAUACUAAUUGCAAUUUUAAAUUUGGUCACAGUUAAAAGAUAGUUUGAAGGUUUUAUUGAAAUCAAAUCAACAAACAUUGCUUUCUGUCUUUGACUUCUGCACUGAUCACUCUUCUUACAUUUUGAUCCAAAUAGAUUACAUAUGUCGCUCAUACCAGUUGACACAACUAAUUAUUACAUCUACUGUCUGGAAAAAAAUGCCUGUGUACACGGUUAGCCACUUUUCUGCUACAAGAGGAAGUGGAGGAAGCCUGCUUGUUAACAUCUAACUAACCGUGAACAUAACCAUUGGCUUUCUUUUCCGUGUUACUCUUGCUCGUCUUUUUAAAAUGGAUUGCCCCCCACCCCCAGUGGCACAGCGGUAUAUCUACAAACUUACAUCGCUAGAAACCGGGUUUCAAUACCAGAGGUGAGAGGAGCACAGAUAGCCCAUUAUGUAGCUUUGUGUUUGACUACAAACAAACAAAUUAAAUGGAUUAUAAAGAUUAAAUACUGAUAUAUUGUUUCACUUGGUGACUAAACAUAAAAGAUAUAUAAGUAUUAAUAUAGGUUACAACAAGAGAAUUAUUGAAUUAGGCUAGAGAGAAAGAAUAAAUCACACGACGAAAGUUAAAUGUUUCUUCUGCAAUGUUGAAAAACAAUCUGAUCACUAAUUCUGCUGCUACUUAACAGUUCAUAUAUCUUAUAUCAUUAUGAAGUAGAUGAACUUCUUUACUGAUGUUAAAUUUCACUACUGCUAUUUCAGUUAGUCUUCACACUUCUAUCAGCCUUGUAGCUACGACUGAUGUUUACGUUAUUUGUUCAAAGUGCUCAUUGUUAAUACAAUUAGUUCUGUAUUGCACUCAGUUCAUCUGUAGACGCUAUUGAAUCUUUCAGAAGACAUUACAUAGGUUCUUGCUUAAUACUUAUAUAAAGUAUUCUAAACACAUGCAGUUUUCACUUAUGAAUAAGUUAAUAGCAUUGGUUACUCAGUGGAAAGCUUGUGAUGGCUUGGACUAAAAACAACAAACAAAUCCUUCGUCCUUACUGCUCGUUCCAGGACAAAGUAUUAAUCUGGUAAGUUGACCCCUAACCAGAUAACGAUCAUAAAGCGGUCCUACUGUGGAGUGAACACCGACGGGAUGACUUAAAUACAUUGAUAUUAAUAAUUCACGGAAACAAAAGUAAUCCGUUUCCUUCAUGUUAGAAAUAGAAUUUCAUGUUUAGCUAUAAGAAGUUUAACAAAUAGAAUGUUUCUCGUGACGUUUUAAUAUAUUAUAUUUUAAGUUGCAAAAGUCUUAAACCAAGCUAUAGUUGCAAUAUAUAAAUCACAAUAACUGAACUGUUAAAGAUUUUCACCGUGAUUCCAUGGAUACUUUUGUGAGUGACUUUUCUUUGCGUGAACGAAUUGCUGUAGACCACGAGUGUACAUGCUGUGUUAUAAAUAAAGUAACUUCAAAUCAAAAU